UGAAAGAAAAAGUAAAAAGUUUCAUUACAACAACUUUCUUCGUGUAUUUGUUUAUGUUGUUGCCUUUACGUUGACAAAUGUGCAUUGCUUGGACGGGGUUAUUCUUGCGAUAAUGUAAUAGUGUUUAAUAGCCAUAUUCCUGCAUUCGGUCAAACUUUACACACUUCCGCUAUUUUUUUACCCUUUUCUUCAACUUUUGGAUGGUUAGGACAUCGAAAAGACGCCAUCCGCCAUCUCGACACAACAAGGAAAACAGUACAUUUGAGUUUCAAACCUAUUUUUUCAUGAACCGGAGGAAAACAACACAUCUGGUGUACUUAGAAAUCUGAUUUCCUAAGUACAAAUCUGAGAUGUAUUAUUAUCGCUAUGUCAACGCGGAGGUCAACUGCUGCUACAAGUACAUCAUGUUCACUUACAACAUCGUCUUUUGGCUCGCUGGAUUGCUCCUCAUCGCAGCCGGGAUUUGGGCAUGGAGUGAGAAGGGAGUGCUUCAGAAUCUGAGUCAAUUGACCCAGCGUAGCGGUUUUGACCCGGUCUGGUUGGUGCUGCUGGUGGGCGGAGUUUCUUUCACUCUGGGCUUUGCGGGCUGCGUGGGCGCUCUGAGGGAAAACAUCUGCCUGCUGAAGUUUUUUUCCGGCUUGAUUUGCUUUAUCAUCUUCCUGGAGCUGGGGGUCGCCGUGCUGGCGGUGCUUUUCCAGAGUCAACUCCGGAACUGGCUCAGCGACUUCUUGCUGGCAAACAUCAAAGCUUACGAAACGGACGACGACCUGAAGAACCUGAUCGAUUCGCUGCAGCAGACGAGAUCCUGCUGUGGCGCUGAAGGACCCAAAGACUGGGAUCAGAACCCUUACUACGGCUGUGACAAACCUUCUCUCAAAUGUGGCGUGCCAUUUUCCUGCUGCGUCGUCGACCCCGCGGACUCUGUGCUGAACACCCAAUGUGGAUACGGUGUGAGAAAGCUACUCGAGAGCGAGUGGGCGGAGCACAUUUACAUGAAAGGUUGCAUGGCGGCGCUGGAGGACUGGUUACCUGGAAACCUCUACACGCUGGCGGGGGCCUUCCUCGUCAUCUCUCUGCUGCAGAUCGUGGGGAUCUACCUGGCCAAGUCGCUCAUCUCCGACAUCCAGAAGGUUAGACUGACCUACUGAGCCUGGCGGGGAGUGUCGGAAUCAGCAGUGCUUCUUGGGAAUCACGCCGGGAUUCUCUGCCUUGAUGCGGUUGCUAUGGUGAUGGAGAACAUGGCGUCCACCUUGAUGGGGUUGCCUUAGCUCUGUCGCAUCUCCUUAAUCGCUAACGUUUGAAGCCUUUUUGAUCUAUUUUGUAAUAUUCAUUUUUUUCACCAAAAUGGUGACGUCACAGAGUGACCUGUCACUCAGCUUUUAAAUAAAGAUGGCCAGGAAGUGGAGGUGGGUCAUGUGACCCAUUUUUUUUUUACACUGGAUUCCUUAAGUUCCACAUCCUGGUCAUCAAACGUCCAGUAAAUGUGACAGUAUUAAACAUAUGCAGAAGUCUUUUUUUAUAUUCUUGUGUAUUAAAGGUUUUUUGGAACAACGUUACCCACAAUCCCUUGUUU